AUUAUUUAUAUAUUUUAAUUUAACAUGGACCCGCUGCAGUUGAUUUUGGCGCGCAAUUUCAACUUAUGGAAUUACGCUUGCGCAAUUCCUAAUGAGGAGACUGCAGUAACUGCAGCCAAAGCGUGGCUGCUUAUUCCAGCCCGGACGCCUAGGUGUCCAACAUGCAGAGGCCCCAUGUCUAGAGAGACCAAAAUGAGUUACAAGCUUAAGUACCGAUUAAGGUGCUGGAGGUGUGCUAGGGAGGGCAGGCCGUCCAUUAGGUCCCCUCUUAAAAAUACGUUUUUUGAGAGGGCCCACGUUAGCGUGUUAAACACGCUACGUCUUAUGGUACAUUUUUUGAGAAAGGAUAAAGUGUCGCAGGCGGCAAAAGAUGUUGGGGUUACAAAGAAAACGGCAAUCCAAACAUACCAUUACCUAAGAGAGGUGUGCGAGGUGGCAGAAGCCCACGACAGAGACUUGUUAGGCGGAAGCAACGACGUAGUAGAAAUAGACGAGACACAUUUAUAUACAAGAAAAUACCAUAGGGGCCGGCUGUUAAGGCGGCAAACAUGGUCGUUUGGGUGCAUAAGCCGCCUUACCAGACAAAUACACGUAGAGCUAAUCCCAAACAAAGCGCGUACGACUCUGGACCCUAUAGUGGAGGCAAACGUUCGCACAGGGUCGUACAUUAUGUCCGACAUGCACCGCGCCUACAAUAAUAUACAUUUACGGUUGGGCAUGAGGGGUCACUCAGCUGUCAACCACAGCCUGAACUUUGUCGGGGGCACGGUUGACAUUCCCGUAGAUACCUCCCUGGGGGUACCGGCUCCAGGUGGGAACGUAAAGGUAAAAAUCCACACCAACACCCUGGAGCGGCAGUGGCUAGAACUAAAAAGGCAUUGUCGGACAUGUCGAAGCCAGCGUCGCCUUAAGUGGUACAUGGGAGAAUACAUGUACCGCCACAACAUUUUAAGACAGCUCCCAUCAGACGCGGCUCGAUUUCGCCGGCUACUAAGGGAUAUGCAUAGGGUCUAUCCCGGUUUAGGGAAAAGGGGCAUCAAGAGUAGAAACUGCCGGUGUAGCAGCCCCAAUUGUCGCCGUCGCAAUUAAAAUCUUUUUUCGUGCACCCGGUACGAGUAAUCUGCCGCCUGCGACCGACGACGCCAUUAAUGUAACCGUCAUUUUUACAGCACCUCCACCCCCACGGUAUUCGGCCUCCACAAAUUUCCCUCUCGAGUCUCUGACCCCUCAUGCUACCCCCCUAUGCUACAAGCCCCUCGCACACCUCGUAGGUUACCACACCACCUAUCCAUUAUAUUAUCCCGCUUUUAUCGGAGAACGGCUGACGAUAGACGAAAACUGAUCAGUAUGAAAAGUGUUUGUUUUUCAUCCCUCUACACGAUAGAAAUCAAAACGAGGGAAUAUUGUGUAAAAAAAAUUUUGGUCGAAAAUUUUCUAAGUGUUUUCACCAAGCGACUUUCAGAGCUCAUUUUCAGGCGAACGAGAAGUCCUAGACACAAAGUGCUCAGAUGACUUUCGCUUUAUUUUUAGGUGUACUAAGCGACGGAAAAAGAAAACUAGGCAUUUUUAAGAAUUUUAUUUUUUUUGAAAAAUUUUAUAAGUCCCAAAUCCCUUGCACACCCUAAAGUAAAUGGCCCGCGUCAAAUCAUGAAAAAAUUACAAGUCCCUGGACGCUUCUACUGCUAAUAUCUGUCGAUUGCUAACUCGUACCGGGAAAUGGUCAGAACAAAAAAUAAUUGUACUCGCGUGUUCUAGACAUUGGUAUAAAGAAAAUGAGAUUUCUGAAACUUUUCAGUUUUCAGGUCAACCUUUCACUCGCUAUAACUGGAGAACGGCUGACGCUAGACGAAAAAUGAUCAGAAUGAAAAGUGUUUGUUUUUCAUCCCUCUACACGAUAGAAAUCAAAACGAGGGAAUAUUGUGUAAAAAAAAUUUUGGUCGAAAAUUUUCUAAGUGUUUUCACCAAGCGACUUUCAGAGCUCAUUUUCAGGCGAACGAGAAGUCCUAGACACAAAGUGCUCAGAUGACUUUCGCUUUAUUUUUAGGUGUACUAAGCGACGGAAAAAGAAAACUAGGCAUUUUUAAGAAUUUUAUUUUUUUUGAAAAAUUUUAUAAGUCCCAAAUCCCUUGCACACCCUAAAGUAAAUGGCCCGCGUCAAAUCAUGAAAAAAUUACAAGUCCCUGGACGCUUCUACUGCUAAUAUCUGUCGAUUGCUAACUCGUACCGGGAAAUGGUCAGAACAAAAAAUAAUUGUACUCGCGUGUUCUAGACAUUGGUAUAAAGAAAAUGAGAUUUCUGAAACUUUUCAGUUUUCAGGUCAACCUUUCACUCGCUAUAACUGGAGAACGGCUGACGCUAGACGAAAAAUGAUCAGAAUGAAAAGUGUUUGUUUUUCAUCCCUCUACACGAUAGAAAUCAAAACGAGGGAAGAUUGUGUAAAAAAAAUUUUGGUCGAAAAUUUUCUAAGUGUUUUCACCAAGCGACUUUCAGAGCUCAUUUUCAGGCGAACGUGAAGUCCUAGACAAAAAGUGCUCAGAUGACUUUCGCUUUAUUUUUAGGUGUACUAAGCGACGGAAAAAGAAAACUAGGCAUUUUUAAGAAUUUUAUUUCUUUUUGAAAAAUUUUCUAAGUGUUUUCGUCAAGUGAACUUUAAGGCUCAUUUCCAGGCAAACCUGACGUCCUAGACAAAAAGUGCUCAGACGAGUUUCGCUUUAUUUUUAGGUGUACUAAGCGAUGGAAAAAGAAAACU